GGCUUGGGGUGCCUGGGCAUGUGAGUCCCCAGCAAAGUAGCUGGGGUUUACACACCUGGCACUGAGCUGAUUUUGCUCCUGGGAUCUAGACAAGCACAUGAGCAAAUGCACUUCUCUCACCCGGCGGGAAGCUGGCUAAAUGCCUUAUUAUUGUAAUUGCCAAAUCCAUCAGUCACCGCGGGCUGCCUCCAAGACUUGGUCCUGCUUCAUCCUCUGCUCCGGAGGGGCAGCCGGUCUGCUCUGACAAUGCUCGCAGGGAAGUGUUUGGGAUUUGUUUAUUCUGGACUGUAUCUCUGGGCAUCCUUGUUCCUGUCUUUCUUUAAAGUGUCUCAGCAGGGUGAAAGCCAGAGACGCUUGUACAGAGAGCUGCUGAAAAACUACAAUCGUCUUGAACGACCUGUGCUGAACGACUCCCAACCCGUGGUAGUUGAGCUUCAGCUUUCUUUGCUGCAGAUAAUUGAUGUGGAUGAGAAGAAUCAGGUGUUGAUCACAAAUGCUUGGCUGCAGAUGUACUGGGUUGAUGUUUACCUGUCUUGGGAUCAGUAUGAAUACCCGGGGGUGCAGAACUUGCGAUUCCCAGCUGAUCAGAUUUGGGUGCCAGAUAUUCUUCUGUAUAACAGCGCGGAUGAAAGAUUUGAUGGUACAUUUCACACAAAUGUACUGGUGAAUUACUCUGGAUCCUGCCAAUAUAUUCCUCCAGGCAUUUUGAAGAGCACGUGUUAUAUUGACGUCCGCUGGUUCCCUUUUGACGUGCAGAAGUGUGAUUUGAAGUUUGGCUCCUGGACCCACAGCGGUUGGUUACUUGACCUGCAGAUGCUUGAGGCUGAUAUUUCCAACUACAUCUCAAAUGGAGAAUGGGAUUUAGUGGGUGUCCCGGGAAAGAGAAACGAGCUGUAUUAUGAAUGCUGUAAAGAACCAUAUCCAGAUGUGACAUACACCGUCACCAUGCGCCGACGCACGCUUUACUACGGCUUGAACCUGCUGAUUCCCUGCGUUCUUAUAUCUGCCUUGGCAUUGCUUGUUUUCCUCUUGCCAGCUGAUUCAGGAGAGAAGAUUUCUUUAGGUAUCACUGUCCUGCUUUCCCUGACUGUAUUUAUGCUGCUAGUGGCUGAGAUCAUGCCUGCAACUUCUGACUCGGUCCCACUGAUAGCUCAAUAUUUCGCAAGCAUCAUGGUGAUCGUUGGUCUGUCUGUGGUGGUAACAGUGCUGGUUUUACAGUUUCAUCAUCAUGACCCUCAAGCAGGAAAGAUGCCCAGAUGGGUCCGUGUCAUCCUCUAUCCCAAGCACCCUCCAAGCGUCAACAACACCGAGAUGAACAUCCUGCCCGGGCACCAGUCCAGCAACGGCAACCUGAUCUAUAGCUACCACGGCAUGGAGAGCCCACGCUGCCGCCCCCAGAGCAAUGAUCUGGGCAGCAAGAGCGGAAAGAUGACUUGCCCCUUGCCAGAGGACAUCGAGCUCACUCAGAAGAAAGCUUUCAUGGACACGCUCCCAGUGAUCAUGAAGAUCCUGGAGGAGGUCCAGUUCAUCGCAACGCGCUUCAGAAAACAGGAUGAGGGGGAGGAAAUCUGCAGUGAGUGGAAGUUUGCAGCCGCUGUUAUAGACAGAUUGUGCCUGGUUGCAUUUACCCUUUUUGCCAUCAUCUGCACGUUCACAAUACUCAUGUCUGCUCCAAAUUUUAUAGAAGCUGUUUCAAAGGAUUUUGCGUGAGGCUUUUAGAGAUGAAAAUUGUAAGGGGAAAGGUACUUUAGAAGUAAAGGUUGCCAGUAAUUUUGCUAGAUAGUUUAACUCAAAAGAGAGAAGUGUGCUUUUAUGUGCUAACACACAGAAAAGGAGCUGCAAUUAGUUUGAAGACCUAAUUUAUUCCUCAUGUUAGUGACUAUAAUUACUGAAUAGUAUACCUGUUGUAGAUAUAUGUUGUUAUUUAUUUCCUAGACCACUUCUACAUGUAAUUAUGUCACAAUCUUGUGACAAGCAGAUAGACAAGAUACAAUAUAUUUGUUACAGGUUAACUAGUAUCAGUGCACUACAAAGCAUCUGUGAACAUUUAACUAUUGUUAUAUUGUUCACUAUAACCUCUGCAGUACUUUAUUGUUUUCAGUAUAUUUAUUUUAUUUUAUUUUUUUGUUUAAUGUGGCCAUGACACUCACGUCUCAGAUUUGACAGAUAUCUCUUCACAGUCUUACGAUGCUGUAUUGCACUUAACAAAACAAUCUGUCAUCAUGCUAGCAGUGACUGGAAUGUUUUCUCAGUACAGAAUGCAUUUUCUCAGUUAACAGAAUGCAUUUUUGCCAGAAUGUAACUUUUUCUUUUUCAUGUAGGAAACAGUAGUUGUUGUGGAACGAAAGAAAAUUAAUUCUCCAAGCUGGCAUUAAGACAUACUGUUAACAUCGCCUCCUUAGCUCUCCUGCUGCUUAACUGUUGCCGUCAUUUUGUGACCCUGCCUAAUCUGGAACAUCUCUGAUCUCUUGGAUCGCAGCUGCCAACCUAAUACUGACAAAUUCUGCGCAAUUAGGGCAAAAAUCUUGGUUCCACAUAGUCUGUAGAAAUAUCGCCAUUGAUUUCACUGGGGUCAGAUUCCACAUUUAGAGCCCACAGCCUAUACUAUAGCACUGAAGUGUGGUUUUUUUUUGUUUUGUUUUGUUUUUGGUUUCGCUUUUUUGUUUUGAGGGUUUUUUUUGCUAAAUUCUGUUACUACAGUCCACUUUCAAAGUUGCUCAAUGUGGCUUGGUUGAAAGAGUUGUGUAAAAGAAUAUUUUUGUUUUGCUAAAUUGUAAUGUAGCAAUAUUUA